UUGAAAACUACUGACAAAUUACUCUGACGCAUCCCUUCCUGAGGACAUUUCAAACGUGUUCAUUUUCAACAGAUCAACCUCAAGAGCUCCAGGUGUUUGGCCAGGGCGACCCAAGGACUCUUUUCUGCAUCCUUUCGACCGGUGGUGCGUGAAGGAAUCGUUAACGAUGUGGUGGUAGGCUCGUCCUUUGGAAGUCAACCAUCGCACGUCCUUUGGGGAAGUCAACCAUCACAACCAUAGUUCCAUUGUGUCGUUUCAAUCGAAACUCCCUUUCCUUUGGUCUGGCCAUCGCACAUGGCGGCAUCUCCAGCUGCCCCACCGCGACACCAGAUCGACAUUGUCGUCAAAGUGAAAAGGACACGGUGGCACCAAGUUAUCCAUGUCGCUGGGGUCGUGUACAUGGUCGGGACGGUCGUCAUGAGUGUCUAUGCAUGGUUUGUCUAUGGCACCUACCUGGCAAACGACAUUUUCUUGCCGCGCUUUCGAGACGCCGGCAUGCAAAGCGCGCUCAUCGACCUCUUCAACACAGCCCUGAUCACAGCCAACACGGCGCCAUUCGACAUCACAGAUUUGUCUCUAGCAAUUCAAAAGUCGUACGCAGGAACAUUGACACCUCCCGAACCGAUCUACCCCACGUACACACGCGGUCUGUUGUUCAGCGACGACCGGCCCAUCGAAACCUCCAUCUUGAGUCUGAGGAACCUCACCCUCGACGAAAUCUCGAUCGUGUCGACCAUGUACUGCUGGAUGGACUUCAAGCGGCUGUGGGAGCUCGCCCACAGCGACCAGCGGCAGAAGCGGUGUCUGCUCCAGAAAAAACGCAAUGCUGCCGCAUACUUUGAAGCGCUCAUGCGCAACACCAACUUUCACGCGAUCGAGUCGCUUAGCGAAGGUGCGUUCGCCAUUGCGUACUUCAACGAGAUAUCGCGGACAGCGAUCGGCGCGGCGUGGGUGUACUACAUUCGCGCGCAUACAUGGGUGCCGCUGGCUGACGAAGUGGGGGUGUGGAACCAGUACAAACUCAACCGGUUCACGAUGCAGUGGUCAAACCAAAUCCAGUCUGGCCUGGACGAAUCGAUUGUGGUCACGAAUGCAGUCGGGUUCGUCAGUCGCGUGCGUGUCAAGAGCAUGGCGAAGAAGGCGCUGACUGUCUUGAGUUCGUCAGGGAUGCUGUCGAGUACGACUGCCAACGACUACAUGGCCGUCCGCGAGUCGCAAAGGAGCCUCGUUCGCAGCAGCAGUGUGUUUUUUGGCAAAUCACCGAACCCCCUCUUGAUCGACAACUACCUUGGCCCCCCCGUGAACUCGGUCACUAAGGCUAUCCGAGAUCAGUGGGGGGCGUUUGGGAACUUUGACCUGGAAUACGUCUCGCCGCCGCCGAGUUUGACCAAGUUUGUGGGCCAAUUUCGAGCCGCGGUGAUCGCAUUUCUUCGUCGUAACCCUCAAGUCAUCACCCAGUGGAAUUGCACCCCUUCAUUGCACCCCACGCCUGUCAAGUGGGCGAACGCUUCGCUCCAGUUUUACGGCGGCAACCCUCUCUGCCUCAAUGGCGUUUCCCAGCCGUACAUCCAGUCGUCGUUUGGUUUUGAUUCAGCGUGCACGCAGCAAACUCCCUACGCAAUCGACUGGUCCCUCGACAAAAACUUGUUUGCCAUUGCGAUCUUAGGAGACGACGUCGCGUCGAGCAUGUGCGAGCUCGUCCCAUCGGAAGAACAAUCGUCGUGCGCGAAGAUGGUCGCGACAGCGCAUCAAGCGUUCGUGCUGUUUCAAGACGACAUUGCAACGUUCGCUGACGAUGCCUCGACCUUGGUGCGGCAAAUUCAAGCGUUAGAGAUUUCGACAAUGCAGUUUGUGCAACGACCGGGCGCCAACUCGACAGUCGUUGUUGAAACGCAGCCAGUGCAUGACUUUGGCGAUGCGUGGAGUACAUUUGGAUGGAUGAGCGUGUUUCAAUGGGCCCAGGGCGAGCGCGAAGUCGUCGCAUUCCAAAACGACCUGCUCGAACUCACCUUGAUUUCAUACGCGUACCGCCCCAUCUACAUCCACUCGAACCAGAACGACGUUGGCCAUAAAUUCGGCGUGACCUUGUUCGUCGCGUCUGGCGUCGUCACGUUGGCGCUGUGCCUCGUCAUGAUGCUGGUUCUGGUGGUAUGGCUGCGGCGCGGUCGCCACUUUGUCGGACGCAACUGGUUUGUGUUCAAUCGGGUCGCUGGAACCGUGUGGAUCGGACGGCCGUUGCUCGUGCUGCGCGGCGUCGUCGCCAUGAUGUGCCUUGCUACCGCACCUGUCGAACUUGGCAGUGACGGCAACAUGAGCGUUUUUCAAGUUGUGCCUCGAAAUAUCAUUGACUCGAUGGUGCUUGCCGGGGAAACGACAUGGAUAGCUUACGUCUGUUACGACUUGAUUGACCCAAUCGUGCGGCACGAAUCGAUUCGUCGGUUCGCGCCAUUGAGCAGCUUCCUCGCGUGGAUGAUCACGCUGGGCUUGGACGUGUGGGGACCUCCCACCGUCAUCGCGGCCAUCGAUCGCCAAUGCGCUUACUCGUCCAUGGGGACUCAAAUCGACUGCUCCGCUGGAUCGGUUCAGGUUGGGAGCAAGCCCCGAGUCUUUCUGCUGUGGAUUGUUCAACUAGCAGCCGUCGUCGCGUCGGUUGUCAUGGCCAAGCUCAGUCGCGCCAAGCUUGACGCGACCUUCUCGCCGACGCUCAUCCUUCCAGGAGCCACGAGAGCGUUCAUGCACCAAAACAUCAAAGUGCUCGGAUGUUGGUGCCUUGACAACACCAGCGCCGUAAUCAGCGGCAUGCUCUACUUUUCAUACCGGGAGAACACGUAUGUGGCCGAUGUGACGCUUUGGCUCAUUCUGGACUGCGCCAAGUACGACAUUCGCCACCACGGCCAUGCGAUUCUGUUUCCCCACUCGUUCGAGCGGUCGUUGGCGUCCAGCAUCUGCAAGUACGAAAGUCGCGCUGCCAUCGACGACGUCCCAGCUCGUUACGCCCGCAUUCCAUUCACGUCGCGCGUUUCAUUCGUGCGAAAGCCAAACCGGUUGGCUAUCAACCGCCUCGCAACGUCUACACGCAUGGGAGAGAAAGGGAUCCCUCUGUGGAUGCAAAAGGUUGGUCCCGAUGUUGCGAUCGCCAUCGGAUUUGGCAUGAUCCUGGUGUCGCUCGUGACGAACGUGAUCUACAUGGUCGUGACAGCGCCCAUGUCGAUGGCCAAUGACUAUUACUGGGCACACUUUAACAGCACGGGAACACACGCGUUUCUAAUUCAGUAUUUCACGCGGCAACUUUUGGACGUGAACACGAUCAAAGUGGCGCGGCUCGACUCGCCGGGGUAUGCAGACCUCACGCACGUCUUCAACGAGUCGACGAGCGUUGUCUUGUCAGGGGGCGUCGUGCCGAGGCAACAGCUCUACGGGAGCCACGGCUCGGACUUGGCCCGAGUCAUUCAAGAUUUGCGAACUAUGAACCCGUGCAUGAUGCCUUGGAUGUUCACCCAGUACUGUUGGGUCGACUUCAACAAGCGGUGGGAGAUGGCCAGCUCGUUGCAACGGCAGCGCCGGUGCGACGCAUCCAAUGGAGCCAUGUACUUGGAAGGCGUGCUGCGGAAUCUCCGAACUUGGCAUGAGUGGACUGCGUGCUGGGGCACGUCGUUUGAGAUCGGGCUGGCCCGGCCGCUGAAGACGAGUCUCAGUGGCCAACAAUGGUUGCAAGAUAUUCAAGGCGGGUGGCGCACCGUCCCGGUCGAAGUGGCCGCGUGGACGUCGCACGCCAUCACGCGGUUUACGUUGCAAUGGCAAGAUUAUAAAUCGGUCGGGUUUUCCAACUCGUUUCGAAUUCAAAACACUCUGGGCGCGCAGUAUGAGCUCAGCAUGGCCAACCGUGCCGGCAGCAUGCGUGUGCAUCUGCAGUCCACGUUCAAAAUGUACUGGGGAUUUGCUUCCGACCUGUGGGCCGUAGCAUCCAACGACACGGCUGUGUCGGGGCUCAGCCUCAUUCGCGGGACCAACACAUAUGCCUUUGCCAAUGUGUCGCGAGAGGCUCUUCUCAUGGCCAACACCACCCUGCCCGCUGUUCUCACAAGUGGGCUGGCGACGUUGCGAUUGUUACUCGGGCCGUUUGGCAACAUCGACAUGCGGUUUGAGCCGCCGGUCCCGGUGCUCAGUCAGUUCUACGAAGCUCUGAUGGGAAAUCUAUCGAAUUUAACGUUUACGCACAUGGCAGCACAAAAAGCGUUCUUGGCCCUCCCGGCCAAGGUGUUCUACAGCCCGUUCCCGCCACAUUUCGCCUCGAACGGUUCUGCCGUAACAUUGCAGGGGGGCAACCUCCUGUGUGGAAACGAUAUGCCAAACUUGGUCGGGUCUCUCGAAAACCUAGGGUCGAUGUACUCGGCUUUUAGCACAGAGAACUCGUGCAGCCUCGGCAACAUGCAAAACGGACGCCCGGACAAGUACCAGACGUUGUUUGCCGUCGUCGGCGCCUCCUUUGUCCACAACUUCACCGACGCGUACAUCGCACAAGUGUGCAGGUGGGAUGCCCUACCGCAAUCCAACUGCGCCGACGUGUACGCGAGCUUGUAUGCGUUCGUCACAACGUUCAACCAAACGUUUGCACCGCUGCGGGAGAUGGCGCUGGACACUCAAUGCCAAGUGACUGCCUUGAACAUUGUGUUUGUGCAGUACAUCGUGAACAACUCGGUACCGUCGCUGUUCCAGGUCAACAUCCUCGACCCGGCCAACGACGUGUGGCAGUUUACGGGGUGGCGCUUCCUCUACGACUGGGCGACGGGGUCCCGAGAGGUCGUGACGUUCCACGGCGACGCGGGCGCGAUCACGACGCUAUCGGACCAGUACGCACUGCAGUCGAUGCGCCCAGACGCAUCUGAGAUCCCGACAGAUGUAUCGUUUGUACUGCUCCUCGUGUGCCAGUACGUCACGUUCCUGUUUCUGACCAUGGGGGGGCUCAUCGCGCUGUACACGAUCAUGACGAGAGGCCACAUCAAAGGCGGCAAUUUGCUGAAAAUGAGCCGCAUUGUUGGUCUCGUUUGGGCAGGCCGUGCAUUCCUCUUCAUCCGCAGCAUCACCGCCAUGAUCUUCCUCAACACGGCGCGGCUCGACUUGGUGCAGCGUGGCGCGGCGACGGGGUUUGUGUCGCCACCACUCGCGUGGACCAACUUGAUGCUGGCGGCGCUCGAGCUCCACUGGUUUGUGUACAUCUUGAACGACAUGUUUAGCUUCAUCACACAGCACUACACGAAAUAUUACGCAAGCCAUAGCGCGUGGCUCGCGUGGCUUGUGACUGUAUUGUGGUCCCAAUAUCAACCGAACCAGCAUGCCGUGCACAUCCAGAGGACGUGCACCGCCGUCGACAUGGACUUUGAGCUCGUCUGCGACAGCGGCGUCGUUGAAAUUGGAUCCAUCACGCGAAUGGGGGUGUCGGUGGCGGUGUGCUUUGGCAGCGUUGUGGUGUGCUACCUGUGGGAACGUCGCACGCGCCGCGAGAGCACGAUCCUGGACAUUCCAUCGCUCAUGUUGCCGUCGCAAGCCAAGUACAUGUUCAACUUUGACGACUGGUCCUUCCACGACACUUAUUUCAUUGAUAAACCGUCCGCGUUGAUGGCGGGCGUGAUCUCGAUCGAAUGGAGGGGUCGGAUGUACUUGUUCGACAUCAAAAAGUGGCGGCUCUUCACACUCUCGGUGCUUGUCGUGCACCCGAGUGCCCCACCUCGGUUCCAGUACGCGAUCCCGAUCCUGGAGUAGACUGCAUCAUGUUCCCGUUGUCCAACGCCGUGUUUAAAACGGCAUAUCGUCGACAUCCAUGUGGCAUAUGCGUCUGGUCCAGCCUUGGUUCAUUUGCAAGGCGCGACGCCCUGGGCAUGCUCGUGGAUAAUGGCCGCGACAACCGGCUCGUCAUAGCUUCAUGAAGCUGCCAUUGCGCUUGAAAGGCCACAGGAUUCGAAGCCUCCACUCGUGUCUAUCGGACCGCCAAGAGCGCGUGUGGAUUGAUGUCACAGAUUGAUUCGAGUGUUGCUGACACGUUGUGGGGAACGACGUCGUGUGGGCUGUAUCGUCGGACCGCUUUAGUGGAUCCCAUCGGCACAGACGCUCAUGCAAUCAUCUGUAGUAUUACACGUCAAACCUUUCCAGCGCUAUCUUGAUUAACUGUCCCCUUCACUGUAUUGCGCAUCGCCAGAACGACGACUGUUCUUCGGCGUUGUCUGCGACGACCGGGUCAUGGCCCAUGUCGAUCGUGCGUGAGGAAAGGUCACUAUGUCUGGUUUCCACGGCGACCGCCUCCGGCACUUGCUGCACAGCAUUAGGCGUGUCAGCUCCUCGAGACCCCACAGGUGCUCGACGAGGCUUCUUCGAUGCUACGUCGUCGUCUUUUGAAGCGACUGCUGGUCGCUUCUUCGUGCCGGCAUUUGUUGUUUGGACGGGACUCUUGACUGUGGACGUACCCUCAGCCCCAGAUGAACCACCGUUGCCGUCGGCAGGGGACCCCAGACUUUGGCGGUGUUUAUUCUUUGGUGGCAGCAGCAUAGCCGGCGAUACAACUUGUUUUUGUCGUUUUGUGUGGCUAGAGGGUUUGGUGGCCUCGUUCAACUUUCUCGACGGUGGUGUUUUCGAAGUCGAGUUGGCUUUUGGGGUCACGUUGGUUUUGGGUGGAUGGCGACCUUUGGGCGAUGAACUGAAUCGUGUAGUUGUUCGUCCUUUGGUCUUUGGGGUGGCUGGUGACGACUUUAUCUUCGGCGCUUCGAUUUCCGAGUCGGAGGAUGGCGCCAUCAGCUCAUCGCGAAUCGACUUGAGCAAAUGGGGGUUCGACCGCACGUACUUUUCCACGUCAUCGCGGCCGUAAAAGAAGUCUUUGCCUGGUUCGCCAGAGAACUUGGUUUUGCGGCCACUCACGACGACAUGGGGUUUGCAAUAGACAAAUCCAAGCGGACCGUCGACGCAUUUCCACCCGCGUCCAGUCAAAAUGUUGUCGAUCUCGCCAAAUCGAAUGUCAACCACGUCGCGUUGGGACCGUGCCGACGGUUCGGUGGACUGCCGCGUUGGCUUUACCACACCUGAGUAGGACAAGCGUUUCUUAGGCUUCGCUGGCGUUGGAGUGAGCGUCCCUUCGUUGUUCAAGUUGCCACUCUCAACCUCACGGCGAACGAGAUUCAUGAGCUCAGGCGUGGUGCGAACGUGCUCUUCAAACGAUUCAAGGCUAUCAAAGUAGUCGGCUCCGUUGACACCAGACAGCUUGCCCGUGGCCUUGAUCAACUUAACAUGCGGUGUGCAGUACGCGCCGCCAAACAAGUCUCCUUCAAUGUAUUUCCAACCGUUCCGCCUCAGUGCCUUCUCGAUUUGGCGCCGACUGAUGUCAUCAUCCAGCUGUGCGCCAUGGGAAGCGACUAGAAGCUUUGGCGGUGGCGUCGUUUUGGCAACGCGCCGUGUAGUCGUAGGUGAGUCUGGAAUCUCGAUCACUUCGCUCAAUUGGCGCGCCUUUGCCGCCAUAUUGUUGUCGAAAUGGCGAUGGUGGUUUGAAUUGCGGGGGAAUUUAUGCAAGCACCAAGUACACUUCGGUUAAGUACGUCAAGAUAUUG